AUGUGGCUACCCGAACAGCGCAUGCCCGUCACCACCGAGGUACGCAUCGAGCUCAUCGUCAACUGCAUUGUUGUUCUCAUUGUCUUGAUCGUAGUUGCCCUGAGGGUCAUAGGGCGGCUCUGGGGCCCAGGCCUGGGAUUGGAUGAUGUGCUGGUUAUGCUCGCAACGCCUAUGGGCGUUGCAAUGCUAGUUUGCCAAGGCGUCUUGCUACCUAACGUCCCAUGGAUUCUCCAAGUCUCGUUCGGAAUGCAGCCCGUCUACAUCGCCCUCCUCGCCCUCUGCAAAGCAAGCACGCUAUGCUUCUUCCUCCGCAUCUUUCCGACUCGAUUUAUGCAAUGGUCUUCUAAGAUCGCUCUGGGAUUCGUCAUCGCGUGGAACAUCGCUUGCGUCUUCGCUUCGAUCUUCCUCUGCAAUCCGGUUUCGGCGCAGUGGACUGGUCAGGGAAAAUGCGGUGCUUAUACCCCGUUCAUCCAAUCCCUCAUCGCGACCAAAGCGAAGAGGACUGUUGAGAAGCUCGCCAUCAUGUCUUGCUUUGGACUUGGUACAACCUGUGUUGUCUGCGCCGUCUUCCGAUCCCCUGCGUCAGCAUACCAAUGUUACGGCCCUUUAUCGUAA